AUGGGUGGUAGUGCUAGCCCGGAUAUUGCCGAUCUCACACUGUUAUUAAUGGAGUAUCGCUUUCAUCGAAAGAAUCGAGGGUUUCAUUUUCAUCUUUUCCGAUAUAUCGAUGAUAUUCUAAUUGUCAAUUGCGCCGGUUUGCUGAAAUUGCCAGCAACAUCUACGAGCCCAGCCUACAACUCAACACCACUUACUCUGGGCAACGAGCCUGUUUCUUAG